AUGCUCCUAAAAGAUGAUAAGACUGUGUUGAAGAAAUUAUUGAAAAUCAAUUCCUCAAAGUUAACCUUCGAUUAUCCUUUUUUCCUUCGCGAAUUAAGUUGUAAUAGUAUUAAUGAUCUCGUUAAGAAAUGGAUAGGCUCUGUUAUUGACGACGCCCUUUGGACUAAACAUGAUCAAAAAGAUUUUUGUGCAAGGUGGUUUUCAAAUAAUCUUAUUAGACUUUUUAUGAAUAAGAGUCCGAACGUCGAAAGUCUUGUUAUUCAAUCUGAUGAUUAUCACUAUAAUGGUGAUUUUUCUUUCGAUAGUUGUACCAAUAAAGGUUAUUCAGCUCUAAGAACUUUACAUAUUGAUUAUUGUUGUGACGGUCAUACGUUACGCUGUAUUUCAUCUACUUGUCAUUCAAUAGAAGAAUUAUGGGUUUCUUUAAUUGAAACAUCAAAUGAAACUCAUCCUUUGAAUGAGUUAAUUAGAUCUCAAAAGGCUAUAAAAGACUUUCGACUUCGUAGCGUUUAUUACAAUGAAAAAGUCUUUGUAAUCACCCCUGAGCUUCUUGAAGCUUUAUCUACUCAAAAACGUUCCCUUCAUACUGUACAAUUCUUUUGUUGUAAAUUUCAUCAAUGUCUAACUCUUCAACCUCUUGCUGAUUGUACAAAACUUGAAAGAUUGGGCUUUUUUAAUUGUGAUAGUAUCACUGAAGAAAAUACUAAACCUCUAGCAACUGGAUCCCUUCAAAAUUUAAACGUAUUAGCUAUGGCUGUUUAUGAUGGAUUCACGGAAAAGGUGAUAAUCGAAAUUAUCAAAAAUACUUAUCGAAAUUUGAAGAGAAUAUCACUACCAGUGGCAACAAAAACAAAUAAUAUUCGAAAUGUUUUCACUAGUAUGAGACCAUUCGUGAAAAAUCUAACUGGAAUUACUGUUUGUUUCUCUGCUGGUGAUAGUAAAAGUUUUGAAUCAUUCUUAUUAUUAUUGGAUGUUUGUUCAAAUUUGGAAUCUAUUUGUAUAGAAGGUGGUGAUCCUGCUGGAAAUCCAUUGGACUUUGACGAAAAAGAAAUGUCAAUGUAUUUUGAACGAUUAGCAAUCAAGAUGCCUUUAUCAAUAAAUCGAUUAGUACUUUAUAAUGUUUCUGUUUCACCACAAUUACUUAGAACUUUUCUUGAAAAAAUGGAUUCAUCUAUUAGAUUUUUGGGAUUAUAUGGAUGUUUUAUGAUUAGUGAUGCACAUAUUAACGAAAUUGUUAAAUAUGCUAAAAGAUCUGGGCAUUUAAUGAAUUUAACUGUCAAUUGGUGUUUUAUGGUUACUGAUAAAGCGAUAGAAGAUGCUCUUAGAGUUAUAAAUGAAGUUCAUUUUAGUGAUAUUGAACCUUAUGAUAUGGAAUUUACUGCAUGGUUAGCUUAA